AUGGCCACCUCCUCUACCGAGCCCAGCACCAACAGCGACAGUCAGCAGGCCAAGCCUUUUGGCUGGGACAUCUCGGACAAGAUCGCGGGCGAGGUCACGAAGACUGACGUGUGGUCCGUCUUCUCGCCGCUCGCCGGCCACGUCCCGAAGGACUCGCUCAACCUCGGUCAAGGCUUCAUGAACUGGGCGCCGCCCAAAUUCAUCCAGCAGGCCCACGCCGAGGCCCUCGAGCGCGUCGAGGCCAACCACUACCAGCUCCCGCGCGGCAACGUCCGCCUCCGCAAGGCCCUGUCCAAGUACCUGUCGCACAGCUUCAAGCGCGACCUCGACCCCAACACCGAGAUCCAGAUCACGGCCGGCGCAAACGAGGGCAUGUACGCGUUCGCGACGGCGUUUAUCCGCCCGGGCGACGAGGUUAUCCUAUUUGAGCCCUAUUUCGACCAGUACGUGCCCCAGGUCACCUUCAACGGCGGUGUCCCCGUCUUUGUCCCGAUCCGGGCUCCACCGGCCGCGACCGACGGCAACGUGCCCGCGAGUGAGUGGCGCGUCGACCUCGCCGAGCUGCGCAAGGCCAUCACGCCGCGCACAAAGAUGAUCUGGACCAACUCGCCCCACAACCCGAUCGGCAAGGUCUUUACCGAGGACGAGCUGCGCGCGAUUGGCCAGGUCGCAGAGGAGCACGACUUGAUGAUCCUCGCCGACGAGGUGUACGACUGCUUGACGUUCGACAAGCGCGAGCACAUCCGCAUCGCCGCCCUCGACGACUUUUGGCGGCGCACGGUAACGGUCGGCUCGGCGGGCAAGUCCUUCUCGGCGACGGGCUGGCGCAUCGGCUGGGCCGUCGGCCCCGCCAACCUCAUCCACCCGCUCAUGGCGGCCCAGACCCGCAUCGUCUUCUGCUGCAACGGCCCGGCGCAAGAGGCCGUCGCGAGCGGCGUCGAGCAGGCGCUCGAGAACGGCUUCUUCGAGGACCAGGUGAGGGCGUACGAGGAGCGCAGGGACGUGCUCCUCGAGGGGCUCGACAAGCUUGGGUUGCCCUACACCGUCCCCGAGGGCGCCUACUUUGUCCUCGUCAACACGUCGCGCCUCGAGAUCCCCGACGACUUUGUCGUGCCCGACAUGCUCAAGGGCCGCGCGCGCGACUGGGUCGUCGCGUGGUUCGUCGCCCAGACGGCAAAGGUCGUCCUCAUCCCGCCGACCGACUUUUACUCCAAGGAGCACUGGGAUUUGGGCAAGGACUGGAUCCGAGUGGCCUUCUGCAAGGACACGGACACGCUCCGCGCCGCGACCGACCGCCUCCUCACCCUCAAGCCGUACAUCCGCAGCGCCUGA